AUGAAAAAAUCCCAAGAUGCUGCUGUUGGUGCCCUUGUACAAAUGUUUAGAAAAGCUCCACCUCUCCGCCAGGAUAACUCAAAUUCAGUAAAAUUUUCACAGGCCUGCAGGCCCGAAAUCUGGAGCAACAGUAGCCAAGAGCCUCAUCAACCUUCUAAGGGACAGGCAUCAAUUCAGCGUGAUGAUUCUUCAAGCGUCAUUUCCUCGGGGCACGUUACAUCAAAAACUACCACUGUUGCAUUAGAAGAGCUCCAAAGUUACAGGGAGAUGAAAAAUUUGUUACUAGGGCAAGCAGCAGGUUUGCAGUUCACCGAGCAUGGAUUCCCAACCCCUGAAUUAUCUCAUUUUAGAGGGAAUAGUUAUGGGAAAGAUGUUCGUAUGUGGAUUGGGCCUAAGAAUGUCAUUCUUAGGCCAGUCGGAGGAAGUAAUGCCUCCACUUGA